GAUUACAGGAGGUGGUGAGAAAAAAAAAAAUAAAAAAUACAGAGAAGAAUGGAGGAGAUAAAGAGUCUCAGUCACAGGAACGUGCUUUAUCAAACCCAUUCCCAAAAUGCGAUAAUGUACUAUCUCUCAGAAACUAUUAACUUCGCUCCACUCCUCAAGAACCCUAAAUAUAAACUUGAAAAACAACGAGCGCUUUCUCUUCACUCUGUACUUCUUAUUCUUCUCCGCUAUAGUUUCUUCUCUUCGCUCUGGUUCUCCUGUUCUUUCGGUUUCUGAAAAUUAUUGUUGUAACAGCUCUCUGUGGCUUUUGCUUUUGAGAAUUUACUCCGGGGUAUACAGUGUCCAAGAUCUGCUGUAGUCGGUGUUUGGAUUGUGUUGAUCUUUCUCUACCUGUUUCACCACAUCGGUGUUGCAAGCUGUAUGUCAAUGGAAAGCUCAGAAAUAUCUAGUUCUGCUGUUCACUUUGCUGUGAAGAAGAAGAGGAGCUGUUCAUCUUAUCGUCCUCGCAAUAUUUCAGAGGCUUUAGAUAGCUAUAUUUUUCUACCACCAUCAACACAACCUGUCAGCAGUCUCAGCAAUGUGGAAAAUCAAAAUUGCAGGGAUAGAAUGGCCAGUUUGGAAGGGUCGGGAGGUGAGAACAAGCUUAAGCUUAAGCUGAAGUUUGGUGGUGUAACUCAUACAAUCCACACCAAGCCCACAGUAGAUUUUCUUGAUGGUGGUUCGGCCGUUUAAAACCCUCUCACUAUUUUGAGAUGCCUCCUUCACAACGAAAGCCACUUUAUCAGGAUGCAAAAGGAAGCAGUUAUUGUUGUCCUCCAUAUAAGGGGAAAAGUUCCGGAGUGCGAUGGAAAGAUAUUUCAAAACCUAGCUCAAAUUCUGGAAAGGGCUAUUUGUCGAGGGGAAAGACAUACGGGGAAAGUAUUUCUGUGAAUGGAACAUACAUGUCUAAGCCGGUUCGUAAGAGCAAGCGUGUGCCUAAGAGGCGUGUCUUGGAUGUGGGUUUCAAUGAUGGUGAUGAUGAUGAAGAUGAGGAAAUUCGGUACCUUGGAAGACUCAAUGCUUCAAGUGUGACUGCAGAUUAUGAAAAUAGUGGAGAUGAAAUAAGCAAGACGGGGGAGGGAAUAUACGAGGACAAAGACUACAUGGAGGAAGAGGAACCCACUUCUGAUGAUGAACCUGGAUCCAAAAGGAAAAAGACAUGGAAGGAUUCAGUUGAUUUAUUUUUAGAAGGAAGAAAUGAAUCAACUCCCACUACACGUCAUCGAACCCUUCAGUCUAGUAAAGAUGUUUUAUCUGGCUGUUUUACCGGUCUACUUGAAUUCCCAGAUGGUUUGCCUCCUGCUCAACCUAAAAAACAAAAGGAGAAACUGUCUGAAUUAGAACAACAACUGAAGAAAGCUGAAGCUGCACAAAGACGUAGGAUGCAAUCAGAAAAAGCAGCCAGGGAGGCUGAGGCUGAGGCUAUCAGAAAAAUACUUGGUCAAGAUUCGGGGAGAAAGAAGAGGGAAGAAAAGAUGAAAAAACAGCAGAAUGAGCUCACACAGGGGAAGGACAAGUCUCACACACUUGCACCAAAUACUAUCAGAUGUGUUAUUGGUCCUACUGGAACCACUGUUACAUUCUCAGAAGACAUUGGUCUACCGAAUCUAUUCAGUUCACUGUCAGGCCGUUAUCCACCACCACGCGAGAAAUGUGCAGGUCCAAACUGUACAAAUACAUACAAAUACCGAGAUUCCAAGUCGAAGCUUCCGCUCUGCAGUCUACGCUGUUAUAAGGCAAUACAUGGUAAAAUGCAGGCUUUAAUUGCCUGUUGAGUGCUGAUUGUGUAACCAUUUUAUCCGGGUGUGCUAGAAGGCAUUGUCAGGAUAUUUUGUGUAUUCUGGAUGAAGGGAUGAUACCCUU